UGCGACCGUCGAUCCAUGCACGGACUGCUGCGAUUGCAAACAGAGAACUGCGUUGAUGAGCCCGGCCCAUUGACGCGAGAAACAGAGAUCGAAAGGUUCGUAGUUUGUUUGAUUGGUCGGACGGUCAGAAUUUCAGGAAGGUACACGAAUCUCCAAGCCAAGGCCUUCGUUCGGCCGAUAUCAUUAGCAGUGGUCCGGGCUGAGCUCCGAAUUCACGACCGAUCGAUCGAGAUGCAAGCGGCGCGGAACGCCAUCCGUCUCAUCAGGUCGUUCCCUCCUCGUCCUCCGCCGCCGGCGGUUGGCGGUGGAGCGGCGGGAUUCUCGCAGUCUUCGGCGGCGCCGGCGGCGGCCGUGUUCUUGGACAAGCAGGACAUCGCUGAUCGCGUCGUCCAUCUCCUCCGAUCCUGCCCCUUCGUCGAUCCCUCCAAGGUGAGCCCAACCACAAAUUUUAAGAACGAUCUGCAGUUGGAUAUGCUGGAAAAUGUGGAAGUUAUGGUGGCAGUAGAAGAGGAGUUUGCAGUUGAAAUUCCCGACGGCGAGGCUGACAAAAUCUCAUCUGCUGCUCAUCUCAUCGACUACAUUGCUGCCCAUCCACAAGCCAAAUAAAUUUUCGAAUUCCAUCUUUUGGCUGAAUCUAGACUCUCUGGGUUGCUUGUAAUGACGAUAUCGUCAAGACCAUUUUUCUGCAACCUUCAGUUGUUUUUUUUUUGGAUAUUUCAUAGGAUACUUUUAUACUCAUCUUUCGAGAAUAUUUUCUUCUCAUUGAUAAAAAUGCUUGAAAUGUCCAGUUUAAUAGCCCGCUAAUACCCCUUUUG